UUUCAUCAUCCGUCCAUGGAAUAGAGGGGAAAUCACAUUAUUUCAUUAGAUAUUCAAUUUUAAAAUGAGUAAACAUAAGAAGGCAAGACAGUCAGUGGACGUAAAGGGCUCCACUUCCACCGGAAAUACAAACCCCUUCGACAGUAUUAGACGCCAACAACCAAAGAUAUCUAUUAAAGCUGCUAAACCGAGGCGCACGAAAGUAAUAAAGAAGCAUGUUGAAGAUCCGUUUUUCGCUUCUGAUAUCUCUAGACGUUCUCAAAAGCUUGAUUUGUUCGAUCUCAAUAUACCUCUUGAGUUAACCCAUAAAGAUGCACCCAUUGAUCAACACUAUGACGAUACUCUAUCUGAGGAUUCAGAUGAUGGUUUCAGAUAUACAGGUGAACCUGGAGGUUACGCCAAGGCAUUGGAAGAGUAUAAGCGUAGACGUAUUGCUGGAAAAUUGGAAAAAUCAGCUCUACAAGAUUUACGAUCAAAGUUGGAUUCUGAAUUUGAUGAACUCGAUAUGAAUUACUUCAUCCAGCCACGACAAGGAUUGCCUACUAAACCCACUGAACACGAUACUACCAAGUUGCCAAAGAAAGUGGAUAAGUUUUCUGAGAACUUGAAAAGGCUGAUGGCAGCACCGGUGCAAUCAAGAGGUGGAGUGGAUCUGCUUCGUCAGUUUUAUGAAGCGUCAUCCAUAAAAGCAAAGUGUGACAUAGCCAAGAAGUUUGUUAAUAAUCAACAUGUGCCAUCCGAUACCGCUGAUAAGUGUAUGUUGGAAAUAGCAAGGCCGCUUAGCGAUUUAUUGUCAACGCCAUCUGGUAAUAGGGAAUUCGCAUCAUGCAUCGAUACGUUCACUGAAUUCGUACAUUAUCUCUGUCAACGCAGUCCUAAGGAAUAUCACGCUUAUUUUACUCAUUACCUCAAGGGUGUAUACGCAUCUUUUGAACAGGACAGCGAACUUUCUCGUGAGACACUGUUGGUUCUUUACUUUCUCAUUAAGGUUGCGAAGAUUGGAACUGCAUUGUAUAAGGCAGGGCUUAUAGUUUUGGAAAAAUUAAUGCAAGCUUGUGAACCAGAAAGUGAUGAUCACUCGCGAAUUCGCUUAUUGCUAGUUAUGGCUUAUGCUUCGACUCUGGACAGCGGUUUGUAUAUUCCAUUCUUCUUCAAGCUAGCAAUGAAAUGCUGCGUUGCAUGGCACAAAGAGAGAUUGGACACGGUUGAAACCAUUCUAGAUAUGACCAUCGCAUCACUAAAGCUCCUAUCUAACAGUGGAUGCCAUGUCUAUCCUGUAUGUCUACACAUCAUUAGGCCCAACAUCGCAAAGAUUGUAUGUGAUUCACCGAAGCUAGUGCGUCUGAAGGAACUAGUGGAAGUAUAUGCAAAUGUCAAAUUGCUACCCAAUGUGCUGGAUGUCUACAAAAAGCCGGUAAGUCUAUCCUUUACACAUCGUGUUCAUCUUAAGCAGAAAAUUGAACUCCAGAUUCCUAACUUUGACACACCAUCAUCUAAGAGAUACGAUAAAGACUCAACUCUGAAACGUGAAAAGGCUGAAUACAAAUCAUUGAGGAGAGAAUUUAUGCAUAGAGCAGCCAGUGAAGCUAAACAACGUAGUCUCGCGUUGCAACAACGUAAAGCAAAAACACACGAGAAAUAUCGCAAAGUGAUGCGUGAUGCAAUGGUUGAACAGGAUAUGUUGCGCAAAGAAUUCACCAAACCCACUUAAAUAAUUUUCUCAUAUAAAAAUGCUAAGGGGG